AUGUCGACAAGUAAUAAUGUAACCCCGUUGCCACCAUUACUAACACCUACACCACCCGCCGCCAAUCAACCACCGACGAGUCCGCCCUCGUUAAAGAAAUCAAGCAGCAAGCUAAUCCAAAUUUCACUUCUUAAAAAGGCUGGUGCAGAAUUUGUGGGGACAUUCAUAUUGGUAUUUGCAGCAGCAGCAGGGCCAAUAGUAGACCAAAAAAUGAGUGGAAUUGAAACAUUAAUAGGAAAUGCAGCAUGUUCUGGGCUUGCAGUUUUGAUACUAGUCUUAUCAAUUGGCCACAUUUCUAAGGCCCAUCUUAACCCAGCUGUUACACUAGCUUAUGCAGCCCUUGGACAUUUUCGUUGGGCCCAAGUACCCAUUUUUAUUUUUGCUGAAAUUCUUGGUUCUAUUUCUGCUUCUUUUUUGCUUAAGGCUGCUUAUCACCCUUUUAUGUCUGGUGGUGUUACAAUGCCUUCUGUUAGUGUUGGACAAGCUUUUUUGUUGGAGUUUGUUGCUACUUUUAUCCUCAUGUUUGUUAUUAUCGCUGUCGCGACUGACCAUACGGCUGUGGGCGACUUAGCGGGUGUUGCAAUUGGUGGUGUUGUCAUGCUUGACAUACUCAUUAUUGGGCCAAUGACAGGUGCAUCGAUGAACCCUGCUAGGACACUAGGACCGGCCAUAGCAACAGGAAGGUACCGUGGAAUAUGGAUAUACAUGGUGGCUCCACCCUUGGGUGCUGUUGUUGGUGCAGCGGUUUAUGCACUUAUCAAGCUUCCCAAAGAGGACUGA